UAUUUUCCCGCUACCUUUAACUCACCUAAAAUUAAUUUCAGAAAUUAAAUGGCUUUUCUCGCACUAACAGUCUUCACCAUUCUCUCAAUUUUCUCACUCUACCCGCCGCCAGUCCUCGCCAGAAUUCCGGGGGUUUAUUCCGGCGGCGCCUGGGACACCGCCCACGCCACCUUCUACGGCGGCAGCGACGCCUCCGGCACCAUGGGCGGCGCGUGUGGGUACGGCAAUCUGUACAGCCAAGGGUACGGCGUGAAGACGGCGGCGCUGAGCACGGCGCUGUUCAACAAGGGGCUGAGCUGCGGGGCGUGCUUUGAGAUAAAGUGCGUGGACGACGGGCAGUGGUGCCACGCGGGCAGCCCGUCGAUUAUGGUGACGGCGACGAACUUCUGCCCGCCGAACUACGCCCUCCCGAACGACGACGGCGGGUGGUGCAAUCCUCCGCGGCCGCACUUCGACCUCGCCAUGCCCAUGUUCCUCAAAAUCGCUCAGUACCGCGCCGGAAUCGUCCCCGUCACUUUCCGCAGGGUCGCAUGCCGGAAGCAGGGAGGGAUAAGGUUCACGGUGAACGGAUUCCGGUACUUCAACCUGGUGCUGAUAACGAACGUCGCCGGCGCCGGCGACAUAGUGAGAGCAAGUGUAAAAGGGUCGAGGACAGGGUGGAUGGGAUUGAGCCGGAACUGGGGUCAGAACUGGCAGUCAAACUCGGUUUUGAUUGGUCAGUCACUGUCGUUCAGGGUCACCGGCAGUGACCGGAGAACCUCCACGUCAUGGAACAUUGCCCCCGCCAGUUGGCAGUUCGGACAAACCUUUGUCGGGAAGAACUUCAGGGUCUGAUGAUGAGUUGAUGGCGUCAUUUCGUGCCCGCACGCGGCUGCCGGAAGAUGUUUUUGUGGUCCCGCAGCUGAAUUUGUUAUAUAUGAUAUAUAAAAUAUAUAUAAAUAUAUAUAUAUGUAUUAGUGAAUUGAGCGUGGGAUUGAUUGCGCGCUUUUGGAUGUUUGUUGUAGCGGACAACAACUAUCAUUAUUAUUAUUAUGAUGAUUGAGUAAACUGUGUUUUUUUUUU